AUGGCAAAAUCGGCUAUUUAUCUGCUCAUCCUGGCCGCCCUAUCGCCAUGGUUAUAUGACCGCUACCAAGCAAUCUCAACGGUGGUAGCAAAUCGUCCGGGGAAAUUCCGCGGUCUAUACAAUAUCAAAAGCCAUGAGAUCAAAUUCCAGGACCAAAUCCGCAAUUGCGAAGAUGUGAUUAUCGAGGAUGGUAUCGCUUUUUUAAGCUGUGACCCUGGUCGCGAUCGGUGGAACACCGUCAUGGGAACAUUCGCACCUGAGGACCGCGAGCGAAGAGGUACUGACGGAGGCGACAUCUGGAUUUAUGACUACUCAAGGCCUGAUCUUCCUGAUUCCGAAGCCUUGAAACGUCUUUCUUUGAGUGACUACGCCGAUCCUGUGGAUUUCCAUCCCUUGGGUAUCGAGUUCGACGCUGCAACGUCAACGUUAUAUGUCAUCAACCACUCGCGCUACUCCGGCUCUGUCAUCGAGGUCUUCCAGGUCUCCGUCGAAAGCGCAGUGGCAAAGCAUGUUCAGACGUUCAAACAUCCGCUGGUCAAUACGCCGAACUCGAUUCAUUCUCUGGGAGACGGAAAGCUGCUAGUCACAAAUGAUCACUACAUGCGUGCCGCCGUUUCACCCGUACUUUCGAAGAUUGAGACUUUUUCCGGGAUAUCUGGUGGGUCUGUCGUAUAUACCGAUAUUCACAACCCUAACGAUACGAGGGUCGUUGCCCGCGUCCCCUUCGCCAACGGUAUAGCUAUGUUCAAUUCGACCACAGUGGCGGUUGCCUCCUCCUCCCUACCAGGCAUCUACUUCUACACUAUUGAUCUUGACCAUCGUCUCGCACUCCAGCGCUAUGUUCGCACUCCCGUUGGUGUGGACAAUCUUUCCGUCGACUCCGAUGGCAAGCUUUUGGUAGCCGGUCACCCGUUUGCGUUCAGUCUGAUGAAAGUCUCAAAGGGAAGGCCUAACUGCGUUCUCGAUGGAAAUGAGGCGGAGAAGAAGGCAUGCGAGUGCAGCGCACCGAGUUGGGCAGCGGAGUGGAGUGAAAAAGAAGGACUGAAAGAGCUUUACAAGAACAGCAGCGAAGAGUUCUGCAGUAGUAGUACCGUGGUCAGGGAUGUGAACAGGAAUGUUGGUAUCAUCAGCGGACUUUACGAAAAGGGUGUGUUUGUGUUCAGGGAGUAG